AUGCUCGGCUCCCUGACGAGCGGCGGCUUCGCGCUUGUGCUUCGCCUGACGCUGAACCGGCUGCUCGGCCGCUUCCUCGGGAGGCGCCUGGAGCGGGUGGAGGUGCGCGGCGACGCCAUCGAGCUCCGCGACGUGGCCCUCGACGCGGCGGCGCUGGGAAACGCCGUCGCGCCGCCGGGCUGCGUCGUCGAGGGCGCGCCGCCGCCGCCGCCGCCGCCGCCGCCGGCCGACGACGCGCGGCCCGAGGGCCUCGUCGCGCGCGCGACGCGGGCCGUCGGCGCCUGGGCCGAGGGCGUCGCCGAGCGCACGUCCGUCGUCGUCGCGGGCGCCGCCGUCGUCUUCGACGACUUCGAGGCGUCGUUCGCGGAAGUCACCGUCCACGAGCGGAAGCCGACCGAGCGCUGCGCGCUGGGCUUCGCCGGCGCGAAACUCGCCUGGCGGGGCGUCGACCUCGUCGCCCUCGACGCCGGCGGCCACGCGACGGUCCGGGAGAGCGACGGGCGCCUCGCGGUCGACGCGCACGUCUCCGAGCCGCGGCUCACCGCGCCCGCGGCCGCGGUCGAGCGGCUCGGUGCGCUGCUCGCCGCCGCGCGGGCGCGCGCCGUCGACGCCGCCGCCGCCGCGGCGCCGGCGGCGCCGCCGCCGACGCCCCUCGCGACGGAGGGCCUCGACGCGUUCCUCGACGCGCUGGACCUCGACGCGUCCGCGCUGGAGCGGCUCCGAACGACGCUCGAGUCGGCGGCGCGGCGGGCGCUCGACGACGACGCCGACGAGUUCUUCGACUGCGCGAGCUCCCUGGAGCUCGCCUUCGACGCCGCGCGGCCGACGCUCGGCACCGCGAAGCUCCACUGCCUCGGCCUGUGCCUCGGCGCCUGCGAGCUCGCCCUCGACGGCGGCGUCGUCGCGACGGCCCGGGACCUGAGCCUCUGGCGGAGCGGCGCGGGCGCGCUCGGCCUCGAGGCCGCGGCGCUCCGCGUCGCCGGGCCCGGCGCGGAAUUCGCGUGCGACGGUGGCCUCGAGGCCUCCGUCGAGGCGACCGGCGACUGGUCCUGCGCCGGCGGCGACCUCGCGGGCGACGUCGCGGACCCGGCGGCGCUGCGCGACGUCUUCGAAACCUACGCGUCCCGCGUCGCCGCGCUCGCGGCGCCGCGGCCCGCCGGCGCGCCGCCGCCGGGCGACGCGCGCGGCGACGCCCGCUUCCGGCGCGUCGAGCUGGCCUGGCGCGGCCGCCGGGCGUCGGCGGCGGCCGUCGCCGUCGCCGUCGCGUCGCGGCCCGCGGGGCGGCGCUGGGGCGCCGAGGCCGCGGAGUGCGCGGUCCACGACGGCGUCGACCGCAUCGCGCGGCUCGUCGGCGGGCCGGGGCGGCCCGUCGUCGUCGAGGGCGCCGUCGGCGCGCCGCCGCCGUCGAGCCUCUCCCGCGCCGCGCGCCGGCGGCGGGCGGGGGGCGAGGCGCGCGUCGCGCGCUUCGACGACGCGGACGACGACGACGGCGGCGACGACGCGCGCGCGGCGCUCCGCGGGGCCCCGCCGCUGUCGAGCCGCGAGCGCGAGGCCGCGACGCGCUACCGCGUCGACGUGCACCGGGCGGAGCUGGACCUCGACUGCGCGGCCCUCGAGGCGCUGGCGCGGGACGUCGCCGCCGCCGUCGCCGGCGGCGCCGGCGCCGCGCCGCGGCCGGACGCGCCGACGGCCUACGCCGUGCGCGUCGACGAGGUCGCCGCGAGCGUCCGGGCGGCGCCCGGCGCGGCCGUCGCGGCGCUCGACGUCGCGGGCGUCGACGUCGCCACGGACGGCCGCGGCGCGACGUUCCGGGUCGAGGACGCGACGCUGGACGUCGACGGCUUUCGGCUCCUGCGCAAGCGGCCGCCGCCGGCGGGGAACCUCGGCGAGGCCGUGCGCGUGCCCGACGCGCGGCGCGAGGUCGCCGUCGUCGACGAGCCGCUCGUCGUCGGCGAGGCCGCCGCGGCCGCGGCGACGGUGACGGUCCGCGGCGCGAUCCUGGCGCCGCGCCGCGCGGCCGCCGACGCCGUCGCGGCGACGCUCGCGGCGCUCCGGCGCGUCGCCGCGGCGCUGCCCGGCGGCCCCGCGGCGCCGGCGCCGGAGGCGUACCGCGCCUACGUCGCGUGCCACGACGCGCGCGUCGACUACGCCGACGACGGUCUCGGCCUCCGGGGAGCGGCGACGGUGGGCUUCGCCCGCGUCGCGGCGACGGCCGUGUCGGCGAGCGUCGACGCCGGCGGCGCGGUCAAGGACGUCGCCCUCUUCGUCGCGGACCGAGGCAGAGGGGAGGAUUUGUCUUUAUGGGCGCGCCUCGCGACGCUGGACCGCUGCGAGCUCCGGGGCGCGCGCGACGCCGGGGGGCGCGUCGCCGUCGACGUCGCCGGCGGCACGCUCCGGGCCUACGCCUGCUCCGACGGCCUCCAGGCGCUGCUGGACCUCGCCGCGGCGUGCGGCGCGGAGUUCGCCGCGGGGGGGGAGGACGAAGACGACGGCGACGACUCGUCCGCGGGCUCGCUCGGCGGCCAGCUCAUCGGCGGCGACGACGACGACGACGACGACGACGCGAGCUCGAGCACGUCGUCCGACGGGCGGCGGCGCGACCUCUUCAUGUCGGCCAUGGGCGAGUCGCGCAUGUUCAUGUCGGCGCUCGGCGAGAGCCAGAUCGCGGGGGACCCCGUGGAGCUCGGCGACCUCGCGGGCGCGUCGCGGCGCGCCCUCGAGGCCUCCGUCGAGUACGGCUCCGAGGACGCCGCGUCGGAGCUCUCCGACGGCGGCUCGUCGGACGGCGACGGCGACGACGCGGACGACGGCGCGCGGUCGUCGUGGUACGGGGGCCGCGCGCCGGAGCUGCGCGAGGACCACGUGCCCGUGCCCGCCACCGGCGGCGAGGGCCUCGCGAGCGUCUCCGACGAGACGCUGCGCGUCGACGUGCGGGACCUCGCGCUCCAGGUGAGGCUCUUCGCCGGCGCGGACUUUGCGGGGACGCGCGCGCCGUCGGCGGCGGCGCCGCCGCGGCGGCCCGGCGCCCUCCUCGCGACGCUCCUCGAGGACGACGGCGACGACGAGGCGGCGCCCGCGGCGUCGACGUCGGCCCGCAACGUCGACGACCUCGUGGAGCUCGAAGCCGUCGGCGCGUCGUUCUCCGCGUCCGUCGCGCGCUCCGGCGGCGCGCGCUACGACGGCGGCCUCGGCGACGUCACGGUCGUCGAGUCCAUCAGCCGCGGCGACCGCAAGCUGCGGCCCGCCGUGCGCCACUGGCGCUCCGACGGCCGCCACCCGCGCGAGACGGGCGCCGCGGCCGUGCGGGUCCUCGCGGAGCGCGACGGCGCGGACCUGCGCGUGAAGCUGCGGGCGCUGCCCCUGCGGUGCCAGCUCGACGCCGAGUGCGUCCGGUUCCUGGACGCGUUCUUCGGCGGCCUCGAGGUCGGCGGGCGCGCGGACGACGCCGACGACCGCGGCGCUUUGCUCGUGCCGAGCGCGCGCGCGGCGCCCGGCGGCGGCGGCGGCGCCGUGACCGUGGACGUCGCGCCGUUGGCGCUCAAGCUCGACUACACGCCCCGGGGGCCCGACGCCGCGGGGCUCAAGCGGGGCGAGCUCGGCGAGCUGCUGCAGUGCUUCGCGCUCGAACGCGUCGCCGUGGCCACGCGGCGGUGCCGCGUCGUCGCGGCGACGCCCGCGGAGGCCUGGGACGCGCUGCGGUCGACGUGGGCCGCGGAGCUCGGCGGGGACCAGCUCCGCGCCUUCGUCGCCGGCGCGUCGGCCGUGCGGCCCGUCGCCGAGGUCGGGAGAGCGCUGCGGGACGUCCACGGCGACGUCGCGCGCGCGCGCGACGGCGCCAAGCUGCGGGCGCUGCGCGGGUCCGCGGGCCGCGCCGGGGCGGUGGUCGCCUGCGAGUCGGCGCGGGGCGCGCGGCGUUUAGUGGCGCGGCUGUCGUUCGCGCUCGACGAGGCCGCGGACGUCCUCGACGCGGACGCGGCGCGGCGCGCCGCGUUCGCCGCGCCGGGGUCGCCGGCGCGGCGGCGCGACCGCGAGGCGCUGCGGGGCCUCGACGCGGCGGCGCGGGGCGACCGGCGCAGGCGGCUCGAGGACGCGCGCGACGCCGUCGCGCGCGGCGUCGCGGGCGCGCGCGACGCGUGCGCGGCCGCGAUGCGCCGGCCGUCGCCGGGGACCGUGGCCAAGGCCGCGCCCGUGGCGCUCCUGCGCCUCCUCGCGGGCAAGUCGCGCGGCGUCGCCAUCCUCCUCGUCGGCCUCGAGGCGGAGAUCGACGCGGACGACGACGCGGCGCUACCGCGGAGCCCGCGGUAG